AUGACCACCGCUAUCAAAGGCAUCUCUCAGCCUCAACUCAAGCUCGAUGGAUCGCCGUUGCGUAUUGCUAUAGUCCAUGCUAGGUGGAACAAAACAAUUAUCGAUGCUCUUGUUCAAGGCGCCGUUACCAAGCUGAAAGAAAACGGGGUAAAGGAGAGCAACAUCACUGUUGAAUCUGUUCCCGGGAGCUUUGAACUUCCUCUAGCCGUUAAAAGAAUGAUUGGUGGCUCCCAUAUUCAACAAGCUUCUAAUGAAACCGAUCUCUUGGGUGGCCUCAAUUUCAGUGCUGGUGCUAAGCCAAUCUCCAGAUCAUCUACACCGGCGCCAAUACUUCUGGGCUCCUCUCAAGCGUUCGAUGCAGUGAUUGCUAUCGGUGUUCUCAUUAAGGGGGCCACCAUGCACUUUGAAUACAUCUGCGAUACCGUUUCCCACUCGUUGAUGAAGAUUCAGGUUGACACGGGGGUCCCAGUCAUCUUUGGGGUGUUGACGGCGUUGACGGAUGAUCAGGCUUUGGAGAGGGCUGGUAUUGGACGUGGAGAGACAAAAGGACAUAAUCACGGAGAAGAUUGGGGUCUGGCGGCUGUUGAGAUGGGUUUGCAUGUGAGGCGGUGGGCACAAGGAAAGUUCUCAUGA